GUUGCUAUGACAGCACAGACAACAUUCACCAGCAGGGGACAGAGGACACCAGGCAUGGACUGCAGCAUCCCCUCCAGAGCCGUUAUUCCAGCAGUGGCUGCAAGGCUAAAAUAUUAUGUUGAUGUAGAAAGAAAAGAAGUUGGUUUUGAUUUAUCUUUACAUCCAAAAGAUACAAAUGAAAAAUAUAGACUGUAUGAACAGGCAGGUAACCAUAUGGUACAUCAAAGUCAAGGAAUCAAGAAUCAUUUUUUGGACAAGCAGAUAGAGGCUGCUCUUCGGCAUUACAUCGGAAAGUCUGAAGCAGAUAAAAAGGCCAAAAUGGAAGUAAAACAGGAGAGAAGGAUAAAAGUGCAAAGAAAAAUAAAAAAGAAUAUGUCAGCUUUAACCAUGCCUGACCGUUUUUCAGAUCAUUGUGUAUACCCAAGCAACCCAAACCAAAAAUUAUGUGACCUGGAAGGCCUCUCAUCAAACCUAAUGUAUAACCAUCCUCCUGACAUUUCACAUGGAGAAUUUAAAAGACUUGUUGCCUUGGCUGCAAAUCUUAUUGUAGUCACCACUCCAGGCUGUCCUUUACCACAUCUUCAUCAACAUAAAGAGGAUGGUGCAAAAGCUGGCACAGGGCACUAUUUUACAUCUACAUGUGUUAAGAUACCAACCUGCAGGCAAGAGCCUCCUUCCAGCAAAAAGUCAUCAACUCUGAAUAAGGAGAGCCACACCCGAUAUGUAGAGAAUGUGGAUUAUGGUUCUACAAAGCUUCAUCCUAUAGAGAAGGGCUCUUCAAAGGUGACAGAAAAGAGUAAGAAAAUAGAUUAUGAAAUUAUAGUCCAUACAGGAGCCAUUUCUCCAAAAGAAGCCAAACCAUCUCUGUUUAUGAGGCUAAUUGGUGAUCAUGGAAAGUCAAAAACACUUUUCCUCCAGAACACUCUGUAUAGCAGUACUACCUCUAGUACUGGACAGGUUGUUUCGUCCUAUGUUAAAGCAAAAGAUGUUGGAGAACUGAAGAAAAUAAUGCUGGGAGUUAAUGAAAAAAAACAAGAUUGUAGGUGCUAUUGCAUAGACGUUUCUAUAUUGAAAGGAAAAACAAAAUAUGUGUUCCCCUGCAACAAAUGGCUCUCACGUCAAAUUGUCAUGAUCUACGUUGGAAAAUGUGACUCUCUGGACAGCAAUUCACAGGCAGGAUUUAAAGAUACAGAAAACCAUCAAACAGGAAAAACAUGUCGAUUUUCUGCUGACAGUAGCAAUGCACUCUACAGGAAUAAUAAUCAAUUUCUGAUAACAUCCAAGAUGGCUGACUUAAAUUCAUGUGAAAGCACUGGAAAGGUUGAAGGCACUAAAGUAGAGGAUAUUGUUUAUAAAGAAAGCAGUACUGAGACAGACGUUUCUAAGACGAUUGAAGCUAAAAAAAUAAACGGUGUUCAAACAAUCAAUACUAAGUCACCUGAAUCAUCCAAGAGAUAUAAAAAUAAAGCAUCAAAGAGGACAAUGGAAAAAAGAAAUGCUUCUUCAGAGGUAAAAUUCCAAAAUGUCCCCUGUUCUAAAGAGACCUCUGUGAUAAGAAAUCAAAGUGAAAGAGAUCAAAAAGAAUCUGUUCAGAUCCCCAUCCCGGAAGACAAGCACUUCAAUACCACAACAAAAGAUCGUGAACCUGAACCUGUGAUUGAUAAUAAUAUCACAGAUAUGAGGGAAGAAGAAAUACCUAUGAAGAUCUCCACGAACAUAAAUGGUCCUCCUACAGUAGAACAUAGGAGAGCAAGCAGCCCAGUCGGCUAUGUAUUCUUCUCCCAUGAAAGACAAGGGCCAGCUAUCCUUGAUGAAGUAAAUAUUCACGCCAGGAGAAACACAGGAAGUUCAAUAAAUCCUGACUCAAAGGGUGAAAACACAGAACCAACUGAGAGCAUUAAGGAAAGAGAUAAUGAUAAGGAAGGAGCAUCACAACUUUAUUUAUUACAACAAAUUCUAUUGAAAUCAGAAGGCAAUUGGACAGAUAGCCCUCCUGGAGCCAAUUCUCAAUCUUCUAUAGCCAACUUGGUAAAUCUAGAAAAAACAGAGAGCGAGCAUGAUGAAUCUGAUCAAGGCCAUGAAGCCCACAGUGCCCAUGCACAGGAUGGUGGUUGUGAUUGCCCAUAUUACCCACUAGACACUGAGGCUGUACAAAAUUCAGGCUGCCUCUGUUCAUGGGAAGACUGCUGCAGCUAUGAUUCAGACUCCACACUCAAUGAGGAGUACUUGUUCUCUGAUAACUCUUUGGCUCUGAGUCCUUCAGAAGACGAAGAAUGUGAAAUCUAUUCAAAAUCGAUUUAUCUGGAUAAAGACACAAAGGAAUUGCCACAACAAAUGCUUCAAAACACAAACAACUAUCGUAUUCGUAAGGAGAGAAGAGUUCAUUCCUGCAAUGAAAAUGCAAACAUUUUUCAAAGAUCCCUGGCUGCAAUUCACAGUUCUGAUAUCAGCAGUUUAAAAAACCUUUGCUCCUUUCAUUUCUUUCUACCCAGCAUCAAAGACGAGGAGGGUAAAACUCUAUUACAUCACGCAGCUUCUCAAGAGAACCCACACAUUAGUCAGGUGCUCCUGGACACAACUGUCGGAAUGGUAAACAUAGAUCAACAGGAUAUAUUUAAUAAAACAGCCUUACAUUAUGCUGUUGAAAAUGGGAAUGCUAAGACAAUAAAACUACUAUUGGACAGAGGAGCGCAAGUUGAAAUUACAGAUGAAAGUUCAAAGACUGUUUUGGAUAUUGAAAAAAAAAAGGGGAUUGAGGAGGAUCACCAAGAAACCUUAUUAAGGAACACUCUGGACUUAAAAGACAACUUUAUUGAAAAUGAGUAAAUUAAUUAAUGUAAAAAAAUACCACUGUGCAAACAUAAAAAAAUGACAACGUUGUCAAACAACUCAGAGACCUGCCGGCAGCACACUUCAUACACCACCACACACAGUCCACACUGCAAUACGUUUAUGGUGAUACAUGGGCUCUUCCACAGACAGUGGGAUAAAAGGGAUGAUUAUGAUUAUUAUUAUUAUUCUAUAUUAUUUGGAUAUUGCUUUUGAGAAAAAUGCAAAUUAACUAGCUCAAGAUAGCAAGAUAGCCUUCAAAACCUGAUUUUUUUUUUACGUAUUUGAUUGCAGUGCACUCUUAUGCAAUUUUCUUGCUUUCCAAUACAUUUUUUUUAUGGGAGAGUAAUAUUUUAAGCAUUUAAAAUGGUAAUAAGCCAAAAACAAACUUUUAUCAUAUUUCAGCCUACUACUUCUUAGAUGUCAUGGAUGCAUUCGUUUUUUUUUUAGGCUAUUCUUUCUUUCUUUUCCGCCAUUAAGUCAGUUGUUUUUCAACAGAACAAGCUUUCCUGCAGAUGUAACAGGUAGAGGAUUGGGCCAAAUGAUUUAACUACUUGCCUAAACCCCCCCCCCUCCCCCGUCAUAUGACGGCUGGACGAUGAGGCUUUCACUCUGGGUUGACGUCUUCUCGAUGCCAGGCCACUAGGGGGCGCGUGCGCCGCUGGGUCCCUGGGGACCCGAUGCGCGUUCCCGGCGGCCACGAUGU